AUGGAUACUCGUCGUGUACUCGGCCUGUUGUCGCGGCUGUACGAGGAGAUACUGCGCCAGUCCAUCACUCUCGUCACGGCCGUGUCCAUAUGCAUGCUAAGCGUGAGUGUUCUCAUACGCGUCUUGGAGAGCAGCCGCAACGACGACUUCCGGUUGGGCUACGUACGCUACCCGGACAAGGACGGGGAAAAGGGAAGAGGCGACGAGGAGCCCGUCAUGCUCAUGAGCUCGUUCGCGAAUGCCUUCAGCUUCCUCUCGGUCAUCAUGAUCGUCAACUGCACUCUGGUGCUGCUCUACAAGGGAGGCCACUACCGCAUCAUACAGGCAUGGCUUAUGGGUGGCUCGGCCAUCCUGCUUUUCGCCACGGGCUACUAUUAUGGCGGCCGACUACUCUUCUACUUCAACGUUUCGAUGGACCACGUGUCGUGGUCGUUCGUCACCUGGAACGUGGGAAUGACCGGCAUCGCGGCCCUGUACUUCGACGGGCCAUAUGUGAUACAGCAAGGAUACCUGAUAUACACGUCCGUGCUCAUGGCUCUCAACAUCGGGGAGUCCCUUCCAGAAUGGACCGCCUGGACACUGCUCGUACUGAUCUCCAUCUGGGACGUGUUCGCCGUACUGUGCGUCGUAGGGCCGCUUCGAAUGCUCAUCGAGACUGCCAAGGAACGCAACGAACCGCUGUUCCCCGCCCUAAUAUUUUCCACGUCAUCGGCCUGGUGCUAUGACCUUGGCGAACGCACCGCUAGUCUGACUUACGUAGAUGCCAUUUCGUCGGUGGUGGCUGCACGCUCGGAUCACUGCGUUGGCGAAGCUGAAAAAUCAGAUCCUUUCUUCGCCUCUCCCGCUCCCGUUGGUGCCACGAUUUCACCGAGUGGACGUAAUGAUUACGAUAAGGCGCUCGACUCAUUCCUUAGCCGUGAAGCUCUUGAGGAACAUGAACACUCGCCUCCGGCUUUCGUGAUGGCUUCGGACCCUUUGCUCGAGUCGUCGGAUCAGAAGUACCUAGCCCUACCAGCUAAUAUUGAAGAAGCGUCUGCAUUAGUGCGUUCGGCAGUCAAAGGCGGACCAACGAUGUGCAAUGUGCCAAGCGACACAGCAGCCUCUAGCGGAAGCAGUGGCACGCCAGGCAAGAAAGAACACGCCGGUCGCUCGUCAGGAGCCCGGACCCUCCCUAGGCAAGACCCAAGGCGCUUCCGUGCCGCGUUUUACACGCGCAACGAAAGGAGCUUGCCCGCGUCGCGUCGCGGUGACGACUUCCCUGACGCGCGACGUCAUCAAACGCCACCGCCUUUUAUUCCGACCGGGAACAUGUGCGCUUGCAACCGACCCACGGCCGCUAUCGGCAAUGCCGGACGGUAUGUGCAUCGGGCACCACCCGCAGGCGACCUGCCCGGAAGUAAGGGCAUGAAGAUGGGCCUAGGUGACUUCAUAUUCUACAGUGUUCUUGUGGGCGAAGCUUCGAUGCGUGGCAGCGCUACCACUGUGGUCGCCUGCUACGUGUCCAUAAUAGUGGGCAUAUUUCUCACGCUCGCCCUACUGGUGAUGUUGCAGAAGCCUCUGCCGGCGCUGCCUCUGUCCAUUAGCUUGGGAAUGUUAGCAUACUUUUCAAGCGUCUCCCUCAUAGAACCGUUCCUCGACGCAGUGGGAUGCGCGGCGCUCUAA